AAUCUUUUGUUUCACUUGUUAUCGAUAUCGAUACGUCAGUGUCACUACAUUUCCUCUGUUCGUAAUUUCGGUCUUUCAUAUUCCAAUCGUGGUGCCGUAUACAUCGCUGAAAUAUGACUUCGAAAGUCUCAAGAGAUACCCUGUACGAGUCGGUGGCAGCCGUACUCGAUGCAUCGACGAAGAACAAACGCCGUUUCCUCGAAUCGGUUGAAUUGCAAAUUGGAUUGAAGAACUACGAUCCCCAGAAGGACAAGCGUUUCUCCGGAACUGUUAAAUUGAAGAACAUUCCACGACCAAAAAUGCAAGUGUGCAUCCUCGGCGAUCAGGCUCAUUGUGAUGAAGCUGCCGCUCUCGGUUACCCGCAUAUGGAUGCUGAAGCUUUGAAGAAAUUGAACAAGAACAAGAAAUUGGUCAAGAAGUUGGCUAAGAAAUACGAUGCCUUCCUUGCUUCCGAAUCGCUCAUCAAACAAAUUCCACGUCUAUUGGGUCCUGGUUUGAACAAGGCCGGCAAGUUCCCCGGUCUACUAGCCCAUUCGGAAUCGAUGACCGCCAAAAUCGACGAGUGCAAGGCCACCAUCAAGUUCCAAAUGAAGAAAGUCUUGUGCUUGUCAGUUGCCGUUGGUCACGUAACAAUGUCUCAAGAUGAAUUGGUACAAAACAUCCAUUUGUCCAUCAACUUCUUGGUUUCUUUGUUGAAGAAGCACUGGCAGAACGUACGUUCCCUACACAUCAAAUCUAGCAUGGGACCACCACAACGAUUGUACUAAUUUCAGUAUGACGUGAAGAAUAAAGAAUUCUGGAAAUCGA